AGUUGUUGUCCCGGCACCUGCGCACACCGAUGCGCUGAAGAAGAGGUGAGGUGAUGCUGUGCCUAGCUCGGGCGCUACUGUGGAGUUUGCUAUGGAGCCUUCUGCCAGCAGAGGAUGGCCUGGAAUUCCCUGAAGAGGAGGGGGUGCUGGUCUUAACUGAGAAGAAUUUCGAAGUGGCCAUCAAGAGCCACCCAUACAUCCUGGUGCAGUUCUUUGCUCCCUGGUGUGGGCACUGUAAGCAGUUCGCGCCGGAGUACGCGGGCGCGGCACGGCAGCUCAAGCAGACGAACCAGCCGAUCCGCCUGGCGAAGGUGGAUGCCACGGCUGAGCUGAAACUCGCCGAGGAGUAUGGCGUCAGAGGCUACCCGACGAUUCGCCUCUUCAUUGAUGGCCGGGAUCAGGAAUAUACUGGUGGCCGAACUGAACAGAGUAUUGUCACCUGGGUGCUGAAGAAGGCGGGGCCUCCAGCCGUGGAAGUGGAGACCUUAGAGGCGGCCAAGGCCUUCGAACAGGAAAACAGGCUGGCCGUGCUGUGCUUUUGCGAUGCGGGCGCGCGCGGCGCCUUCGAGCGGGCGGCCAGACAGGUGGAGGAUGUCAUGUUCGCCUACAGUACUGCACCUGAUGUGCUGAGCAAGUACGAGGCAUCAGCGCCCUCCUUGAAGAUGUUCUUCCCCCAUGAUGAGCAGUCGGCCACAUUUCUGGGCGACUUGAGCAGCGCCGAGGAGAUUGAAUCCUUCGUGAAGGCUCAUCGCCAUCCCAUGGUCACCCACUUCUCGGGCGAGACCGCAGCCGACUUGUUUAGCGACGGCCGGCCGAUCCUUUUCCUUUUCAGGGAUAAGGAUGGGAAAGGCGAUGCGGCCGAGGAGGCCCUCCGCGGAGCCGCCAAGCAGCUGCAGCGGCGGCUGCUGGUGGCACUGGCCGGGUCGAGCGAACCCAUGGAUCAACGGUUGAUGGACUAUGUCAGCGUGGAGGUGGAGGAGCUGCCCACUGCACGCUUGGUCACUGAGCCACAGGGGGCCAUGGCCAAGUAUCGCUUGGAGGGAGAAGUGACGGAGGCAUCCCUGCUCUCCUUCGUGCAAGAGUUUGAAGCUGGACGGCUCAAGAAGUACUUGCAGUCCGAGCCAGUGCCCACGAGCCAGACUGGACCAGUCUAUACCCUGGUGGGUUCCACCUUCGAAUCCAUCGUCAAGGACCCCCAAAAGGAUGUCCUGGUGGAGUUCUAUGCGCCCUGGUGUGGCCAUUGCAAGAAGCUAGAGCCGGUCUACACCUCAGUAGCCAAGAAGCUGGAAAGUGUACCUUCGAUUGUGAUCGCCAAGAUCGACGCGACGGCCAACGAUGUGGAGGGCGUGGACAUCGAGGGCUUUCCAACCAUCAAAUUCUGGCGGGCCGACCACAAGGAGGAGCCACUGGACUACGAUGGGGAUCGUGAUGUGGACUCCUUCGUGGCCUGGCUGGAUGACAAAGCAGCCAAACCCUUUGGCCACAGCGAGCUGUGAGAAAAAGACGUGGAAGCAGCGAUGUAGCGAGUGGCCCCAGCGGCGAAGUGGUUCAAGGUUGAUAUGUGUGACUGGCUCAGAUGAAUCUGCAGGUCCCCAAAUGGAGAACAUUUGAAUGCUCAGGACAUCUUGCUUUAUGCAGCAAGCUUUGUAAUGGUUUAACUUGUUUGGUUUGAUGACUUAAACAUUUGGAUGUAUAGCCAUCCUGGAGUGGAUCGGAUAUUUCAAAACCAAAAGUCCAAAAGGAAACUGAAGCUGGUCAGAUUUUUUGGUUUGGUCUUAUUGUUUUAGACCGACCUACGGCAAUCCAAACCCACUCGUUGACUCGUAGCUCCCUUUUGGCAGGCCCUGCGCCGCCGAUCCCCGA